UCGAAAAUCGAUCGAAAUCGAUUUUUCUGGUCUGAUUGCGAAACGCUCUCGCACCUGCACGAUCUUCUCCGAAUGUUUUUGGUUCUGACUAGAAUGCGAGAUUCUCCCUCCAUUUUCGUGCUACGGGCCGAAGCUGCCGUAUUCCACAAAAGCCUGCGCGCACUUUGGCCCGAAAACUUCUUUUCUGUUCCGUCGCUUCACAUCCGCUUUUUUACGGUUGCAUCGAAAAUCACAAGGGGCUCAGUGCCGAAAAUCCACACUCCGAGGCCGGGUUUGCAUCGCUUGCUAUCGCUAACAUUUCAGUUUGUAGGUGGCCAUGCAUGUGAUAUCCGGUAACAACGCAGAUCACAUCGAAAUCAGCGAUUCUAAUCAGAACCCGUAGAAAUGCUGGCAUGAGGUUCUGCUUGCUCCUCUUUCUUACUCUGUUGGAUAAUAUCGCCGGGAGCUUUAUUCAGCGCUCGCACGCAGGUUCGUUUCGCACUUUGACGCUACGGACACAUAAAAAAACUGAUACGGAAGAACAUGGCGGACCGCAAAAGCUGAAUAUACAGCAGGAGUCAUCGUUGUUUGAUAUAAGAGCGCAAUGGGAGAAGACUACCUCAGAGUUUGAUCCAGUCGAUUUCUGGAAGCAAAUUGUACGAAAUGACGAGACGAUAAAUGACUCAGUAGUCAACCGAGAAACAAACGAAGAGGGAAGAAUAACAGAAUUUUGGGAUGCGCUGAAACACAAUACGGAUAGUUCUCAUCUUGAAGACGCGUUCGGCAACGUGGACUUUCAUGGCAUCGGGCAGAAUCUCAUGGGACUGAUUUCCGGCGGUUUUCACAGCGAUGUCACGGUGAACGACAUCAUCGAACGCGUUCGUGACAGUACAAACCAAGACGAUAAAGAAGAUUCUAAAAGAUUCGAUAUUAUCAUUGAAAUGAUUCAAAACUACAAAGGUCUGAUCACAGAAGUCAUGGCAAAAUAUGUGCUGGAUACCGUUGAUUUCAGCCGUUUCCGGCCAGCCUCACUUUUUUACUACAUAGAAAAAGAAGACUCCAUCAAGACACCGAGCUGGAAAAGGAGGCAGCACCGCUUUUGCCCUGAGGUCGACUUAAAUAUGGUAAAGAAUCUCAACAACGACUUAGCGCUGGCGCGUCUUAGCUAUGCAGAUUCCUGCGAUGAAAUUCGUGAAGGACUACGUCUUUUCAAGAUGCCUUACGAGCUGGUCUAUGCAGAAGUUGAAAGCGAACCAGGAAAACCAGGCCACUUCAUUGCUCUAAAACGAAACCAGCCCUUCCGAGGCGGAGAGCUUGAAGCUAUUUUGGUUGUCAGAGGGACCAAGACAGUAGCCGACGUCGUUACGGAUCUUUGCUGUGAUAUCGUUGAGUACAACGAGGGAAAGGCGCAUUCCUUCAUGCUUGCUAGCGGACAGUAUAUUGCCGAAAAACAUACACAGCUAUUCGCAGAUCUGUUAGCCAAAUCAGGUAAGAGUAAACUGAAGCUGACUCUUGUUGGGCACUCCCUGGGAGCUGGUGCUGCAGCAAUAGCUGGCAUGGAGCUUAACGCGCACCCUGAUAUCAAUGUAGAAGGAGUUGGGUUUGGCUGUCCUUCUCUUGUGACCCAAGAGCUGGCAGAGUAUACUUCUUGGUAUGUUACCGUCGUCAACGACUCCGACGUGGUCCCUCGUGCAAAUCCAGUUACUGUUGCCAAUGUUCUGCUCAACAUCACAGAAUACGAUUGGGUCCCCAGCGCCAAACGUGAUGCCCUUCAAGUCCUGAAUGAGCUUCACCGGAGACAACCCUUUAUCUUUCAAGAAGGAGUUAUCGAAAAGCUGCAGGAAAUGCUUCAGCCUUUGAUUGAAUCAGCUGAUAGCGGUCCGAGAUCUAAAUUGUGUAGUGACGGAGAGCGGAUUCAACCCAUUCUUGUCCCGCCAGGAAAAUGCAUUCAUUUCUACCACGAUGGCUACCGAAUAUCAGGCCGUUACGUUCCGAACUCUUUUUUUUGUGAAAUCGAUGUAACUCGGCGCAUGUUUAAAGAUCACUUUUUUGAUAGCGGAUACGAGCAGGUCUUUCUGGACCUCAUGCGGCAGGAGAAAGGUGACCCCCACUUUCGAUUCAAAGUGGAACAAACCGAAUAUUGAUGAAAUCUUUUUGAUUUACCUAAGGCCUCGUCAAGUUUGGCCUUCUCAAAGAUACUAGCAGACCCUCUGAAGGAUGGUUUUUGAGACCGUCUACUCCCUAGCUUUGACAACGGAGACAGUCAAAAACGGCAAGCGACCAAUGUAAUUGAUUCCGCCACAUAAGUUAAGGAUAUGCUAGAAGCAUAGCAAAAUAAAAAUAUCAACGCCUCGCCUCU